CUCAUUCUCUCUCAUUCACUCUCUCACACACACACCAGGAAGUAACUCCUUAUUUCAGAGAAAAUGAAACUCUCUCUUUCUCAGUGUACGAGUGCAGGAACGCUCCGAGGCCUGUUCUACACAGAAACAACAUGCUGGAUGAAGUGGUCGAGAAACUGAAGAACUGCUCAUUGUUACCGGGAGGAAACACAAAGCCGUCAAGUCCUGUCUGGUUCCUUUCUGUGAAACUCAUCUGAAACCUCAUGCUUUGAAAAAACACGUUAGUCGAAGCCUCAGCAAAGCUACAAGAGAAGAUCUGCUCCGAACAUAACAAACCGAUAGCGAUCAGACCUGCAUCUGUUACUUGUGUACGAUGGAUAAUCACAAAGGACACGACACCGUCACAGUCACAGCAGAAAGAGCCAAGAAACAGAGAGAGUUAAAGGAGGAGCAGAUGAAAUCCCAGCAGAGAAUCCAGGAGAAGCAGAAGAAGGUGCAGGAGCUGAAACAGACUGUGAACACUAUAAAGCUCAGUGCACAGACAGCAGUGGAGGACAAUGAGAUAAUCUUUACUGAGAUGAUCAGCUCCAUGGAGAAAAGGCGCUCGGAGGUGACGGAGCUGAUCAGAGCUCAGGAGAAGGCUGAACUGAGUCGAGCUGAACGACUCCUGGAGCAACUGGAGCAGGAGAUCGCUGAUCUUCAGAGGAGAGUCACUGAGCUGGAGCAGCUUUCACACACACACGAUCACCUCCACUUCCUCCAGGCUUUAGCUUCUCGACGUCAGUCUCCUUCAUUAGACAGAGCAGAGUUUCAGACAUCCAGCAUCACUGACCGUCAACAUCUCUCAUUUGAUGGAGUGAGGAAUUCUCUCUCGGACCUGAAGAAGAGACUCGAGGAAUUCUGUGAGGAGGAAUUCAACAAACUCCUUCCACAGGCUGCAGCAGUUCAGAUCAUUUCACCAUCAGAGCCACAGACCAGAGAAGACUUUCUGAAAUAUUUCCGUUAUCUGACUCUGGAUCCCAACACGGCACAUCGUUACCUCCUUCUGUAUGAGAAGAACAGAGUGUUGACAGCCAGUGAGAGAGAGCAGAAGUAUCCUGAUCAUCCAGAGAGAUUUGACUCCUGGUGGCAGGUGUUGAGUAAGGAGAGUGUGUGUGGACGCUGUUACUGGGAGGUGGAUAGGAGCGGUGAUGGUGUGUCCAUAUCGGUCUCAUAUAAAGGGAUCGGAAGGAAAGGACGGGGUAACGAGUGUGAGUUUGGACGCAACAAUCAGUCCUGGAGUCUGUGGUUUUCUUCUUCUCUCUCUUUCUUGCACAACAACAUUAAGACCGUGCUCAGAGUUCCAUCAUCCUCCAGAAUAGGAGUGUAUGUGGAUCACAGUGCAGGAACUCUGUCCUUCUACAGCGUCUCUGACACGAUGAAGCUCCUCCACAGAGUCCGCACCACAUUCACUCAGCCUCUAUACGCCGGGUUCUGGCUCGACUGGUUGUAUGAUUCUACUGUGAGAUUGUGUGAUCCAGAAUGAAGUGUGUAGUGUUUUAUGUAAAAUUCCUGCACAUUGCCAUUUAUUAAUUUUAACAGAGGAGUAGUUUUACAAUUAUUAAAAAAGGAAAUGUUCAAAAUGAACUCUCGGAUAAGAAACUAGUAGAAUUGAAAAAGAAAAUGAUCAGAUGGUAUCUCGUGACCUUAGCGUUAUAAAGUUCUAUCUGUUUGUUUCAUAUUCAGCAACCUCUCAUUAAAUAACUAAUAAACAGUAAUAAAGCCAGUACAGAACAACAUUUUAAACCUGUUAACGUCACACUAUAUAAAAAUAAAAUCUAAACUUUUGAAGGAAUUAGAUUGUUCUGCUUGUGUUCUAAGAUGUAAAAUACACGUUCGCGUUUUAAAAUCUGAAGUUGUUUCUAAAGCCUGAAAUUUCACUUUAAAACAUUUAACUCUAUUUAAAAUCCAUUAGAACAUACAGAACAUGAUUGGUUAAGGCUGCCUGUGUUGUGUUCAUCCCAUAUUCAGCGUGGCUGAUGAUGAUGAUUGGACGGCAGAUAGAACCAUAUAAAUCCAAGUUUAUCUGAGAAUUUUGAAUUCUUUAUUAAAAUAUUACAAUCAAAGCUUUGCAAAGUAAAAGAUAACAGCACAGGAGAAUAAAGUUUCCCCCAGUGAUGAAGUUUAUGUGGUUCACUCA